UCGGUUGAAUAGUGGCGCUGUAGAUGUUUACCAUUUACAACACGUGCAAGAUGUUGCUAAUAAAUUAAAAAUCGUUGUGAAAUAAUCAUUUAAUCACGUAAAAGUUAUUCAUUAUUAAAACACUCAUCUUCUUUACAUAAAGUAGAUAAAUGUGUCGAAAAACUGACACAAUGAGUGUGGAUACGAAACCUUCACAAUCAACCAGUGAAGAAGAUAAUAAAUUCUUUAAAAAUAUCCUAGAUUUAAUUCCACCAUCAGCCUAUUUCGGUGCCGAUUUAAAACGCAAGAUUUUACAUGAUUCUGAUGAUGAAGAUCAAGAUGGUAAUAAAAGAUUCAAGAAGAAACCGAAAAGAGGUCACGGUGGUGAUAUGUUCCAGACAAAAACUGUAUCACAAAUACAAGAACAUUUAGAUAAAAUGGAACAUAGUGGAAUGAAUAAUAAACAGAACAAGAAAACUAAGAAGCAAAAUAAACAGAAUGAAGUCGAGUUCAGGAAUUCCAUCACAAAUAUGGAAUUAUUACAACAAAAACUACAUGAAAAACUGGAUGCAAUGAAAGGUAACAGAAAAAGUUUGACGCAAGAAGAAAGAAAAACCAGACGACAGAUAAAACAACAAGAAAAAAAAUUACGGAGAAAAAUGAAGAAUAACGUUAAGAAAGAUUUUAACGCUAAAAAUCCUAACGCACCGACGCGAUUAGGUUCUCCCCCACAAAAUAGUGCAAAACCAGUUUACGACAAAGAAGGCAAAAUGGUCUUCAGUAAGUUUGACUUUUCACAGACAAAGAAAAAACAGAAGUCCAAAACUGGUUUGAUAGGCAAAGACUACAAAAAACUGCUUGAAAAACUUGAACGCAAGAAAAGUGAAUUCGAAAAACUUCGGCAGAAAGACGAAAAGGCAGCAAAAGAUAUGGAAGAAAAAGAUAAAUGGAAUGUUGCUGUUAGUAAAGCCGAAGGUGAAAAGGUCAAGGAUGAUCCCCAUUUACUAAAAAAUGCGAUAAAACGAAAAGAAAAAAUGAAAGAGAAAAAUAAAAAGAAGUGGGAUGAUCGUCAAAAGACAGUGACGCAGAAAAAACAAGCGAAACAAGAUAAACGUGAACGUAAUCUUGAUAAACGAAAACAAGGCAAAAAGGACAAAAAGAAAAAACUAAUGAUUAAACGUGGCCGAAUCAUUCCGGGAUUUUAAUAAAUUGUAAAUAAAAUAUGAAUGAAUUAAAUAUAUAAAAUUGCAAAAAAAAAAAAAUACAUUCAAAUUAUUUUAGUUGUCACAAAACGCAAUUUAGAUCGAGUCCAUCAAUUUCGAAUUAGGAGAUCUUUGUUUCUCAAAUCUGAUGUUUAUUUUCUCUGAUAAAAACAUCCCUCAAAUAUAGAAUCCUUAAUACAAAUGUAGUUUAACGUCCUACUGUUCUGCUCCGAACUGGGCUAAUGAAGACGGGCAUACGCCAUACAGUGGGCUAUGAGGGAAAUUUUGCCCAGACUGCGGCACUACGACCUACUCUUAUAUCGAAUUCCAACUGUAAAGGGAUCUUUUAUGUGCAUGCCAAUGUGUACACAGGACCUAGGUUUUUCGUCUCAUCCAAACGACUAGACAGCUGUCUUAGUCAGGCCCUCCGUCCUGCCGUAAAACAAAGGAGCACAGUACAGUAUGUAAAUCGAACUGAAAUUGAUAACUUUCUGUGGUGUAACUGUUAGUGUUAGUAAAUAUUGUUGUAUAUCAUGGUUGUGAUCAGAGAGAUUGUAUAUUGUACUAUCUUCAGGUAUAUCAAACAUUAUUUACAAAUAGUACAUGAUGUUAAAUCAUGAUUAAUUACAGAAUAAGAUACAAGUAUUCUCAGGUCUUCUGGUGUCUGUUAAAUCUGUCUUAUAAGGUGGGGUUGGAUGGCCGAAUGGUUAGCACGUGCGUGCUGUAUUAUAAGGUCUGUCAUUGAGUCGACUGGCGUGGUUUUGAUUCCCCGGUUGUACGUGACAAGGAGUAGGGUCGCCUGUCCAACCCCGUGGGUUUUCUCCGGGUCCUCCAGUUUCCUCCCACUGCUAAAGACCCAUAAAAUAGAAAAGUGUGACACAGUCUAUUUUUGAUGACUCGUUGGUAUCUGAGAACCAGGCUAUUUUUUGUGUGACCUUAGUGUCAAAGUAUUGUGCUAACUAGACUUUAUAUUUCUAUUUGAUACUGAGGUAUUCUAUAAAGCAGUAAUGAAGCUGAAUUCAAAUGGUAUCAACACAUAGGACAAUGUAUUAAAGAUACAUUAUGGGAGAUUCGAUAACGCGUUGGCAGUUCUCACUAUACUAGGUAAAAACUAGAUAAUGUGAAGGCAAUUUGCUGAAAAUUUCAUUCAAAUUGAUCCACUAUGAACCGAGAACUAAGCGAUUAUAAUUUCCGCCUAAAGUCAGUACGAUAAACAGCAUAGUCUCGAUUAUCCAUUUAAUCGUUAAAUCGUGAAGGAAAGUUAAGCAGUAAAUCGGUUCAUAAUCGACUAAAGAUCGCAGGCUAGCGAUGCCAUCGAGAGUUGAUUAUGGACCAGAUAAGUUAAUUAAUGUCUAAUUAAUAAUUUAGAUAACAUUUCAGGCCUAAUGAAAGAACUGCAAUAGACAGAUUUAGCUCUUGCAUAAUGUAUGUUUAACCGUUUUAUUGGAAUUACAUACAGGUUAUGGUUCAAAUUAAAAAGUUAUAUGAAAUUUUAUUAGUGUAAUCAUUUAAAUCUAAGUCUGUGUUUAUAUAAUUUUAUAUAAAAUUUAAAAUUUUCUGAAUAAAUAAAAAACAAAAUUUACCAUUGCCCUCACCUGAAGUAGCAACUUGACACAUAGUAUAAGAGUGCAAAAAUGGAUGCAUUUUCUUGUUGCUGCCUUGACAGUUAAAGGAGCUAAUUCGCUAAUAUUUGGGACCUAGAAAUUGACACAAAUGGGUCGUAAUGUAUAU